GCCGGCAGUCGAUCCAAGACAAGGUAUUUGGAUGCAAAAUGUCAACCCUGAAAGACAAGAAAAAAGAAUAUCUAACUGUAAAGGAUCUGCAGAAGGUCUUGGACUCCUGUACGCUGCAACUGAAUCAAAUCGAUGAGGUGUGGCCGAACAUAUUCAUAGGAAAUGUGGCAGUAGCCCAAAACAAGGCUGCCUUGCUGAAAUUAGGUAUAACUCAUGUGUUAAAUGCUGCUCACUCCAAACAAGGCAGCAUAGGGAACCAAAGCUUUUAUGGCAACGACUUUGUGUAUUGUGGCAUUCCAGCAGAUGACUCGACGCAUUUUGAUCUGGAUGUAUACUUCCAGCCUGCUGCUGAUUUCAUUCAUAAAGCCUUGAAGUCACCUGGUGGCAAGGUUCUGGUGCACUGCAUCAUGGGAAUGAGCCGCUCGUCGACCUUGGUGUUGGCGUACCUCAUGAUCUACCAUCAUCUCCCGCUCAAAAAGGCUUUGCAGAAACUGAUCCAGAAGAGAGCCAUCUACCCCAACAGGAAUUUUCUGGCUUUGCUGCUGGAUAUGGAUCUUCAGCUGACAAGAAAAAAGAAGACGUGUCAGAUCUUGUAGUUCAGAAGCUCUUGCACAUUCAGCAACGCAGUUGUGUGGUUGUGUGUGAGGAUGUGAGGCAGUUUGUCAGUCCAGUAGACCAGACUAAGACUUUUCUACAGAAGAUAUAUUGUCGAGCAGUUUGGUUCAACACAUGACUGAAUUUCUGUUAGCCCUGAGUCUGACUAACAUACCAUGUUAGCAUGUAAAAAGAACAGAAAAGCUCCAUUAACUUUACAGAGCGUUUAGAAGUAUUCAGAUCUCUCCUCUUAGGUUGAUUUAUUGUAACCCUAAAUCGCUCAUUUAUUUAUUUCAUUCUAUUUGAUUAUUUUGUUUUUAUUAAUAACAAAGGAAAAACUUAAAUGUCACAUUGACAUAAAGAUUUAGCCCCUUAACCCAAAUGAAGCACCUCUGGGAGAAAAGCCAGCAUCAGUUCUUGGAUCUUUAGGCUUAUGAGGGUUUUUCAUGCUCUUCUUGGAUAUCCUCAGAAGCUUAGGGGUUGAUAGAGAUUGUAAUGUGAGCUUUUGACAUGGGUCUUAAGCAUUCUGGAGGGUUUCCUGUUUGCCUUUUGAAGCUUUGCUUUAGAACAGACUAGUUUCUGUGGUCCUGCUUCAGCAGAAACACUAUCAACAUGAUACUGCCACCACUGUGCAAAACCAUUGAUGUGGAAUUGGGAAUAUGAAGAGUGCCUUGUUUCCCUUUACACAUUACACCUAGAAUUGUGGCCAUACAGUUUUUGAUAAAGAAAGGGUAAAAAGAAAGAGUAAAAACCUUAAACUUUUAUGUAACUUUCACACCACCUGAUCGCUGUGCUAUUAGUGUUUAAAUCUGAUUAGUGCUGUAUUG